GAAGGCUGCCUUUUGCGAUGUUGUGGAGAGUUGCGUCUUUGGCUUUGCUCGCGCUGCUGCGGGACGUUGCGCUGGGCUGCCCGGCGAAGUGCCAAUGCAUCGGCCAGGCGCGCGUCUCCGUCUACUGCGACUUCCGCGGGCUUGAGGAAGUGCCGAUCAACAUCCCGGUAACCACCACGCACUUGGAUCUCUCGGGGAACAAGUUCACCAAGGUGGUGCCCGAAAUGUUCCUCGGCUACGUGGUGGAUAGCGAGGGUGCGUUCACCAAGCAGACAGCCGCUCUGACGCAACUCAAAGUGCUGCAUCUAGACUUGAACCCAGUGGCAGUCGUCAACGAGCACGCGUUCGAUGCCACGCCGUCGUUGGAACUCAUCUAUCUGCCAUUCGACGUCAAGAUCCAACGCCAAGCCUUCGCAGAGAUGAAGACAGACAAAUUGACAUUCGACGGCUUUGAUCGUGUGGAAAAUCACCCGCUCGAAGAUCCGCACUUCGUCGCGUUCUCCCGCUCGUCGUCUUGACUAAUCCU